AUGGCGAAAGUCCACCCGAGUGCCACCGCUUCGUCGAGGCCUUCCUUGCCCGCCCUCCCUGCAUCCGAGGCGGCGUCGCUGACGGUGUGGCGGAAGUCGCUCGUCUUCCACCGACACGGCUUCACGGUCUUCGACGCCAAGGGAAAUCUCGCAUUCCGAGUCGAAAAUUACCCCUCAGCUAGCAGGGCGGAGAUCGUCCUCAUGGACGCCGACGGCAAGCCGCUCCUAACGAUCCGAAGGAAGAAGCUGAGCCUGGGAGACCACUGGCUGAUCUACGACGGCGAGGCGGCGACCAACCCGCAGUUCGCCGUCAAGAAGCACGUCAACCUCAUCGGGUCGAGGUCGCUGGUCCACGUCACAGCGUGUUGCCCCGGCGCCGCCAAGUCCUGCCUCAGCUACGAGGUGGAAGGAUCCUACUCGCGGCGGUGCUGCACCGUCUACGAUCACCGGCGACGGCAGCUGGCGCAGAUCAUGCGGAAGGAGGCGUCCCCGGGCGUUGCCCUCGGCGCCGACGUCUUCCGUCUCAUUGUGGAACCGGGACUCGACGCGGCCUUCGCCAUGGCCGUUGUCAUACUCCUCGACCAAAUGUUCGAGUCUCGUGGAUCGAUCCUUAGAGUUUGAGCUUCUCAUUGUUCUUCCUCGAGCUUCCAUUUUUAAGCUUAAUCUUUGACGGCGAGGUGGAUCUCUCAU